CGGGCCUGAUCGUGGUCGGGUCGAUUGCGCGCCAGCCGAUUCCCUCCCAGUGCCCGUCCAGCCGAUCCUCCUGCUCCCCUUCAGCUACAUCUGCCCUCCUGGCCCCUCGCCAACUGUAUCUACCCUCCCGGCUCACCCAGCGCCGUUUCUAGUGGCCGUAUAUCUGGAUCUGCUUACGCCCCGCCGUUGCCCUCCCCAGCUGCUAUUUCUCAACUUUCGUCAAGAAGUUGCUCACCAAGAUGCAUCCGGCGCUGAACGUCCUGAUUUGCUCGUUCCUUAUCCAGCUGUUGGAGAUUGUUGGCUAUUCCUUCAUCGCCAAGCAGGUAUAUCUCCUUCUCUCGUGGCUCUCCAACCCAGCCCAGCAGCGCCAAGCCGAGAAAGAAAAGCGAGAGAUCCUGGAUCUGAAAAAUGAGCUGAGCAGCGUGAAUGCACAGGACGAGUUUGCCAAAUGGGCCAAGCUGAGACGCCAGCUGGACAAGAAAGUUGCUGCCUUCGAAACGAGCGGCCGCGAUCGUGGUCUGCAAAAGGCCACGUUCGAGUUCCAGAUCUCAUGGGGCCUGUGGCUGACUUUCUGGAUCGUCAAGCUGUUUCUGAUGUUCACGUACAGGGCCAGCCCCAUGUUUUAUGUGCGCAAGUCCUGGCUGGGCCCCUUCUACUACUUUAUCUCCCUCCCGUUUGCACCGAAAGGAUCUGUCAGCGUUAUCUACUGGUUUUUCGCCUGCCAGAACGUGUUCACCCGACUGUUGAAGUCGAUCGUCGCAGCAACAGCAGCCCGAGCCACACCAGCUCAAACGACAUCAGCGGCGACUGCCAACUGAGCCGGUGUUCCCCGUUCAAUCUCUCCCUCCUCCUCCCCCCGGUAUAUAUGCACCGCUCACAAGUAUGGGACGCUGCGUGUUUCAUUCCCAACUCCAUUCUUCGCUGGGUCGUUAAUA